AUGAACGACAAGCCAAUACCUUUGAAGGUGUUUGGUAGGUCCCAUUAUGCUUGCCAACGUUGUAAAAUAUCCAAGAUGCGUUGCUCUGGGGAAAAGCCUGCUUGUGCAAAUUGUAUUGCAAGUAACAAGAAGCAUCAAUGUGUUUAUCCAGCAAAAGAUAGAAAGAUCAUGUUGAUGGAGAGUGAUUUAGAUAAAUUACAUGAAAGAGUAAGUUACUUAGAAGGUCUACUUCAACAAAAGGAAUCAAGUUCAUACAAUCAACAAGAGAAGGUGAGUUCCGUUCGAAAUACAUCUCAACCACAAAUAAAUUAUUCACAGCAAAUGCAGCAGCAACAAAUCCCACAAAUCCCACAGCAACCGCAACCACAACAGUAUUACUCGAAUAUAUCAGACAUACAACAGCAACACCAUCAAGCUCAUUUGGGACAAAAUUCAACUGAUCAAGUUGAAUUUAACUCUCCUAUUCAACAUAGAGUACAGACUAAAAGAAAUCCUGGUCUUUUUGAUUACUCUUUGGAGGACUUUCUUCUUCCAGAUCGUCAUAUUGAAUCUUUACAAUGGAAUAUUAACCUUUGGGAACACCCACUCCCACCUAAAGAGCAAACAUUACUACUUCUUGAAACUGUGCACCGUAGAUAUUCUAUGGAAUUUUACGUGAUUGAUUUCGAUGAAGUUCUCAGAUUAAUAGAUGAGAUAUAUACCCACUUCCAUCAACCUGCCGUUUUACUCCGUCAUGUGUCACAUGUUUCAUUAUGCUACUUUUAUGUUAUUCUUGCGUUUGGUGCACAACAACUUCAUCCAGAAACCUCACUGGAAAGAACCAUUCCUGGUAUCGAUUAUUUCAUCAUAGCGUCUCAGUUAUUUAACUUGGCACAAGAAGAGUUAGAUAUACAUUUUAUUCAAAGCGCUCUUCUCUUGGCACUUUAUGCAGCAAAUCUCAACAGAUAUAAUACAGUAUAUAAUUACUUUGGUGUUGCUUCUAGAGCUUCUGUUGCUAUGGGAUUACAUAGGCAAAGGCAAUUCCCGCCAUCUUCUUCGAAGGAUAAUUCUACAGAACUCUUAAUAUCUGAUGAAAAGACCAAACGACUUUGGUGGACUGUAUUUGUCAUUGAUACAACUUGGGCUGCCAAAAUGAAUAUGCCUGUGCACAUUGAUUAUACAGAUACAGAUGUGGAUUUACCAUUGGAUAACGUUUACAGUCUAAAUGAUGAAUUUGAUUGUAACAUUCUUGAAUCCAAUGUUCAUUUGGCGAAGUAUAUUUCGAAAUUUGUAAGAAUCAUUUACGGACCAAAAAUUCGAACAUUUUCCAUAAACUAUAUUAACACUGACCAAUUCAAUCAAAGGCUCCUUAUCAAGAAUAUACUUGAAUGUUGGCAUGAUCUUAUGAAGAACUUGGAACCUACAAUUUUGGCACAAUACGAUAAAAAUAAUAUAGUUCAAUCGGGUUCAAGAAGACUUACUAAUCUAUUUUUAAGAUAUCACCAAUUGAUUGUACUUAUUACAAAACCGCUUCUUUCAUUGACUUUUAAUAAGAACGCAACGACCAUUGUACGUGAUCCACAUGAGAUUGAAGCUGCAAUUUUCAAGGGUAUUCAUGCAUCAUGUGCUUCUAUAGAUAUGAUUUAUGGUCUUUAUAAUCAACUGCAAUUAUUUACACUCGGGUUUUGGGACAGUCAGCAUCUUUAUUCAUCAAUGCUUAUGCUUAUUAUGUCUGGAUUAACUGGUAGACGCUAUCUCCAACUUCAAAAAGGUGCAGCUCUUCUUAAUUACAUGGCAGACAAAGGAAAUAUCAACGCACAAAAUUCUGUUCAAAAACUUCGACAAGUAGUGGACUUGAUGAAUGAUCUGCCAAAUAAUUAUAAUAGUAUUCAUAUUGACUUGAAUUUAAAUAUGAAAUCCUACAACGCUUCCCAAAAUCAAUUUUCUGAAAUUGAUGCAUCACAAUUUUUCAAGUUUCAACAAAGUGAUGAAGAAGUAUUUCAAAAAGCAAAACUUGAAGUUGAUCGAAUAGCUCAAACUUCUCUGCCACAAGAUUUUGAAACUUUCAAGAAUUACUUCUUGAAUCAUGCAUAUUUAUCUGAACCUAUUUGGAGAGAAUUACAAACCCGUACACAAACUGAUCCAUUGGUAAUUCUUUCAUCAGAGACUAAUAUAUCAGAGAAUACUCAAAAUUAUUUGAAUUCUAUAAUAAGAAGGAUUCAAAAAUGGGAUGAUAUGAAAUGGUUUGGAAAUAUGUAA